AUGACUGUGCCACGGUCCCAAGCCUCGGCUGAUAACAACACGGAGAUGAACAAAGUCGCCAUUGUGCUGCACACCAAUUAUACCAAACUCGGAGCAGCAGACAUGCCAAUCACAACCCGCUUCAUCACUGCAGACGACGAGCCCAAGUGGCGUCACUACUGGACCGCCUAUAACGAAUGGUACAAGCGAGACUUGCCCGAGGACGUCACGACUGGCACGUUUGCGCGCUUCCUCGAUGACAAAGUGCAGAUGUACUGCGCUGUGGCUGAGGACGAGAACAAGCAAGCCAUCGGCUUCGUCACCUGGUUCCCCCAUCUGUCGACAGCGUCCCUUACCCCGACUGUGUACCUCAACGAUCUAUUUGUCGACCCGGUUGUCCGGGGCGAAGGAGCGGGAGGGAAGCUCAUAGACUUUGUGUACGAGCAUGCGAAGACGGAGCUGGGUGCCAAGUCCGUGUACUGGCAUACGCAGCACUUCAAUCAUAGUGCUCAGCUGCUCUAUGUCAAGAAGGCGGAUAAGAGUGACUUUGUGCACUAUAAAAAGAUCUUGUGA